CUUCCUCCUGAUCGGCACCGGCUCCCACCUUACCAGGAGCAGCGCAAAACGCUGGUGUGGGCUAGGGCUUCAGCUCUCCCUCUUUCUCAGUCCAUUUCAGCUGAGAUUUUUUGUUUUUCCUCCAUGCCGCAGAGUGCGGAGUUUUAUUUCAAUGCAGAUCACGGCUACUUGGAAGGCCUGGUUCGAGGGUUUAAAGCCGGCCUCCUGACCCAACAGGAUUACAACAACCUGGUGCAAUGUGAAACCUUAGAAGAUCUGAAGAUCCAUCUCCAGACUACUGACUAUGGAAAUUUCUUGGAGAGCCAAACAGGCCCUCUCACCGUUUCUACCAUUGACAAUGAAAUGAGGAAGAAAUUAUGUGCAGAAUUUCACUAUUUCAGAAACCACUCCUUGGAGCCACUCAGCACAUUCUUUACUUUUAUUACGUGCAGUUACAUGAUUGACAAUGUGAUUCUGCUGAUCAAUGGGACAUUGCAAAAAAAGUCUGUAAAUGAAAUUCUUCUGAAGUGCCACCCUUUGGGCAGUUUCAUGGAAAUGGAAGCGGUCAACAUUGCUGAGACAUCCUCUGAUCUGUUUAAUGCUGUUCUGGUUGAAACACCAUUAGCUCCUUUUUUCCAAGACUGCAUGUCUGAAAAUACUCUUAAUGAACUGAAUAUUGAAAUUAUGCGUAACAAGUUAUACAAGUCUUACCUUGAAGCUUUCUACAAAUUCUGCAAAGCUCAUGGGGAUGUCACAGCAGAAAUAAUGUGCCCGAUUUUGGAGUUUGAGGCCGACAGACGUGCUUUUAUCAUCACGCUUAAUUCAUUUGGCACUGAGCUGACCAAAAGUGAACGAGAGACUCUGUAUCCAACCUGUGGUAAACUUUAUCCAGAAGGGUUACGCCUCCUCGCCCAAGCAGAAGAUUUUGAGCAAAUGAAGAAUGUGGCCGAUUAUUAUGGGGAGUACAAGCCUUUGUUUGAAGCAUUAGGGGAUGGCAGUGGAGGAAAAACCCUAGAAGAUGCAUUUUAUGAACAUGAGGUUCAAAUGAAUGUGCUCGCCUUCAACAGGCAAUUCCAUUUUGGAGUAUUUUAUGCAUACAUAAAGCUGAAGGAACAAGAAAUGAGAAAUAUUGUCUGGAUUGCUGAAUGCAUUUCCCAGAGACAUCGAGCCAAAAUUAACAGUUACAUUCCGAUUUUGUAAUUCAGAUGGUCAUAAAGCCAGAAUAGCUUGUGAUAGAUGGUACAUAUUAAAGGAGAGGGGCAGUUAUUAGGGAAAAUAAUGGAGGAAAUGUUAUCAGAUUAUCUGGAGUGCACUAUAUUAAUCAAGUCAUCACUUCAUAGCCAUCACAUCUCUUGUAAGCACUCUAAAUAAGCACUGAAAUAGUAAAUAAAUUUUGGUGAAAGAAGAAAUCACUUUUUCUACAUUUGUAUCAUACGGAUCACCAACCUCUCCUCACUUAACUGUAAUUAAUCCAAAUCAUAGUUUUCAAGCUUACAGCUGCUUCUCUUGUGUUCUGUUUUGUUUUUUAAGAAUAAUAGCACAUUGCCACAAUUGUGUUGACCUUACUAAACUAUCGUGAUGUGGUGGUUUUGUAAAUCUUUAAAGAAACAACUCAGAAUUAGUUUUUUUUUUCCCUGAAGAAUUAGUUUGCCAUUAAAUCCACUAUUUAAAAAGCUA